AUGGCACACGGACGUCAUUCCGUGUGGAGCGACACGGAUCUGCUCGCCGCACGCCACCGCGCGUCGCAGAGCGUCGCAGCGGACCAGUGCAGUCUAACCUGUGACUUACCCAAUACCUACAGCCUUAGUUGCGACAGCAUCCCCAUUCUCGAGCCCGAAUUGCGCACGACCUUAGCCUCUAGAAUUUUCGAGCGGCGCGCCUCUGAGCACAACCGCUUCCCCCGGGACGACUAUUUCACUUCCCGCGCCACCAUCGCCCCGACGUCCGAGAACACCGCGAAUGCCGCGUCCGCGACCGGGAAAAUCGCGUCGCGAGGGCGAGAGUUCGUGCGAUCCUUGAGCGAAUUUCCUCCAUCGCUACAGCUGGGAGGUGCUGAGACGAGUAGUGAUUGCAGCGGUCCGACGAGCGUGCUCCGAGUCCGCGGAACCGGCGGCUUUGCUAUUCCCGACUUUCACAUCGAUGAUGUUGGACAGCUCAGCACAAAAGAUGAUUCUGUCGUGGCGCCGCUACCGCCCACGGCAUCCCUGGUGGAUCGGCUUGAUCUCUUUCCAGAUCCCGAACCGAUCCUCUUUCUCCUUCCCGACGGAUCGGUGCGCUUCUUCUGCCGCGGCGCGCGCGAUCCGCUGCUUCGCGUCGCUGACGUCAUGCGCGAGUACCCGGGCCUGCACGUCGGCGUCGCGUCGGGGAGCCGCGCGUCGCUCAGUCUCGAUCCGACAUCCGUACUUCUCUCCGCUCCGAGCGCUACUUAUUUUCUCCAUCCGCCUCACCCGGCAGCGAGAACCCGCAGUGGCAUUGCGAGGGGCAUGUCUACUAAUAGUAUUGCUACUAGUAGUAUUGCUGCUGCUGGUAGCAGGGGCUGGAUCGCCGGGGACGUUUCUACAACUCUAGCUGGAUCCGGCGGCGACGGCGCCGCGUUUUGCGGCGCGGCGGAUGACGCGGAUCGCAUGAUUCGCGGCAUCGAAUUGCAGCUCGAUCGGUUCGAGCGGCGGUUGCGGCGGGAAUUCGGCGCCGGGAUUGCUCCCGCUGCGGCUGGCACGGCGGCAGCUGCUGCGGCGUGUUCCGACCGUACAGCUAGUGCGAUUCGUACCGGCAAUGACGAACGCGACUCGGAGUCGUUCCUACUGGCAGCAGCAACUGCGGUGUCACAGCCUUCCAACGCGGAGUGCAGUACCAGCGGACGCGAAACGGCAUCAAGCCUCUCAGGCCCGCUUCCUUUCGCGGGCUAUCCCGCAAGGAGCGGCAGCCUCGCGCUUAACCCUUCUCCCCUGCCGCUAUCGCCCUCUGAGAGCCCGCGCGCUGCUUCCGUCCGCCCGGCCCCGCGCCUGCAUCUUGCGCCCGCGACGCCCCCGCCCGCGGCGACGCCCGCGAGCCCCUCGUCCCCGCGCCUCUCCGGACGGUCGCGAACGGAGCCGCGCAACAGCCACCGCAGCCGCAACCGCUAUGGCGAUCGCGACACGCUGACGAGCGGCCCUUCCCCGGUCCCUAGCAGCAGGCGGAGCAACACUACAGGCACCACUCCAAAUCAGCAGACAGCAGCGAGAGUGGCAGCUCCUACAGCAACCCGACCUCAGUUCUGGAUCUGA